AUGGACUCACUAUUUGGACACAAUUGGAGUGAAGAGUUGAUGAAGGAAUCAAACAAAGCUGUCCUGGAUUACAAGGAAAUUAAAGGAGGGCUUCUCGAACUACAUCACACCGGAGUGCCUAAAACGCUGAGAGGCAAAGGAAUCGGCGCAAUACUGGCCAAGGAAGCGUUUGAUUACGUGGUUCGGAACAACCUGCAAAUGAUAGUGUCGUGUACUUACCUUCAGAAGUACCUGAUGGACAACCAAAAGGAGGAAUAUCUGAAGCAACUGUAUCACGAUUCGUCACAUCCUGAUGAAUAAAUUGAUGAAUAAGUGAACCACUAAUGACUAAUGAAUAGGAAUAUGCUUGUAUAGUUUGUAAACAAAUGCUCAUUUUAUUCUUAAUGACAAAAUUUUAAUUAUUAAACAAAUAUAUAAUAAAUUUUAAAAUUUUAUUGUAAUUCCGCCACCGAUUCGAGUGAUCCGUUACUUAUAUAUAAUAUAACGAGAAAAAGAUUGCAAUAAAUUAUUGCACAAUAAAAAUAUUAAUAUCAAUAUUACGUUAAAUUUGAUUUGAAAGAGAGGAACACUUCAUAAAUCACAGCAUUAUAUAUAUAAUCAAUAUUUGUAAUCAUAAUGAAAACCUGAAAAAUGCGAAAUUGAGGC